CUCGGAGAAGAACUUGGUGGACAAUGUCUCGCAUCGCAGUAACACGCCGGGGUCCGUCGAUGCCACACGAAGCCAUGGCGUUGGCAUCAAUAUUCGGAAUAUUGGCGCUCUGUCACUUUGGAGCGGCUCAUAUAAAAUUUCCUGAUGGGUUCACGUUUGGCGUGGCCACAGCGGCUCACCAGAUUGAAGGCGCCUGGAAUGUUAGCGGCAAGUCGGAGAACGUGUGGGACCGGCUAUCCCACACCCGGCCGGAGAUGAUCGCAGACGGGACCAACGGCGACAUCGCCUGCGACUCUUACCACCGCUACCUCGAAGACGUGGAGGAGCUGGCGUACCUCGGCGUGGACUUCUACCGGCUCUCCCUGUCCUGGGCUCGUAUCCUGCCCACCGGCCGCGUCGACCACAUCAAUGAAGACGGCGUGCGUUACUACAAUGAUCUUCUCGACGCUUUGGCGCAGAAGAAUAUCGAGCCAUUGGUAACAUUAUUUCACUGGGAUCUUCCCCAAACUCUUCAAGACCUCGGCGGCUGGGCCAACCCCAAAAUGAUUGACUAUUUCCGCGACUACGCCGACGUGUGCUUCAGGCUAUUCGGCGGCAAAAUCAAGUCCUGGAUCACCUUCAACGAGCCCUACGAAAUCUGCGAAGAUGCGUACGGAGAUGAGAAGAAGGCCCCUGCCAUCGACAGCCACGGCGUCGGCUGCUAUCUCUGCAGUGACACAGUUCUCAAGGCUCACGCUGAAGCGUACCAUCUGUAUAACGAAACGUACAGGCCUGUGCAAGACGGAAGGAUAAUGAUCUCUAUUAACGCUAUUUGGUACGAGCCAAUCGAUCCAGAGAACGCGGAACUUGUUGCGCUUGCUGAAGUUGCCAAUCAGUUUAAAUUCGGCUGGUUCGCACACCCGAUCUUCACAGUAGAAGGCGGCUACCCUGCUGUAAUGGUCAACAACGUAGCUCGACAAAGCGAAGCCGAAGGCUUGCCGAAGUCUCGCUUGGAACAAUUCGACGACUACUGGAUCAACAGAAUCAAGGGAACUUCGGAUUUCCUCGGCAUCAACCACUACACAACUCACAUCAUAACGGCAGCGGGCGUUGACCCUAUCGCCAAGUCGCCCUCUUGGCUGAAGGAUAUCGGAGCAGUUACUACUAUGGAAGUAGGAGAAGACUCUGCUUCCGAAUGGCUUAGGGUGGUGCCUAAAGGCUUCGCCAAUCUGCUGCGCUGGUGCAAGAGCAGCUACAACAACCCACCGAUCUACAUUACGGAGAACGGUGUCUCAGACCGCGGCACUUUGGAAGACUACGGUCGCAUCAAGUUUUUCAAUGAUUAUCUAUCGGCAAUAUUGGAAGUAAUCUACGAGGAUGGCGUCAAUGUGUUGGGCUACACAGCUUGGACACUGAUGGACAACUUUGAAUGGCGUGCUGGAUUCUCGGAGCGUUUCGGUUUCUACUACGUGGACAUCACAGACCCGGCACGGCCGCGGACGCCUAAACUAUCGGUGGAAUACUAUCGCCAGCUCACUGCCACACGAGAGCUCCCGCAGGACGACCGCUUCAAGGACCCCGCUACGCGGAUGGGCUGAUAAAUCCUUGGGUGCCUUUUUGUAAUAUAAAUUUACAAAACCGAGUUAUAGGACUCCCACACUACAAGACUAGUCGCAAAUAAAAGGAAUUAUAUGUAUUAAAACAAAUAUUUAUUUAAUUCAUAUAAGAAUAUCUAAUUAUCUACAAUGAAAUUAUUGUAAAUUAAUUUUCUAACCAUAAAUUUCAUUGUCGUAACAUAGAUACACGAAACAUAACUUACUACAAAGAAAACUCGCAUCCGCGGUCAGCCAGUAAGAGAUAUAUUAUGUAUUAACAUUAUGACGGCUACACCUACUUAAGAAAUAAACGAUUAUGAAAUAUAA